GUCGGAGCUAGUGAAUGAGCUAUGAAAUACUAUGAGAACCGUUAUCCAAGAUCCGUUAAGGCGGUCGCCCCGAAUCCCAAUGGACAGGUUGAUCGACGCUUUUGGAGCACAUAGUAGCCACGCGCCGUACGUCAAGGUCUUUAUUUCAAUGGCAGAAACUGGACGGAAAAUCGAAUUCGACCUACGAGGGUCAAAUCUCAAGGGUGAUCGUUGACGAACGACUGUGACAAUCGACCGGAUUCGUCGCGUCUGGAAAGACAUUAAUUGCGUGAGGCGAAGGCGGUGCGACGACCGCAUUUGGUGGCGUGAUUUUUCAAAUCUUCCGGAAAGCACGGAUGACGCGCGAGCUUGCCAAAUCGAUCGUCGUCGACAGCUCGAAACGUGUACCGCCGUUCGGCUAAUUGAUGAAUAAAUCAUUCUCUUCCGCAAUUCCAAAUCAGAUAUCAGAUCUAAUAGCAUUUCAUCCGCUAAAACUGGUUCUGUGAAUUAGCUUCCGUUUAGCAUACCAGCUCGCGCGACUACUUCGAUACCGAACCACCGAUGUUCGAAGAAAAAAAUGUAUUAUUACAUACGAGGAUCGGACAUUUAGCAUAAAACUUUCUUCCGAUUGAUUUCAACCGAUUAUUCAACCGGAGGCACCCUCCGCGCGCUUGGAUUCGAUAAUCUGUAAUUUGUAUUCGGACGACCAGUCGCACUAUUUCCGAUUCGCGUACAUCCGGUUUUCGGUGGAGUCAAAAAAUUUACGACGGAUUUUGCCCCGGGGGGGUUUCGCGGCUGCCACUGCGCCGAUAUUCGAAAUAUAUGGCGAAUCAUGAAUGGAAUGGGAACUCUUUUGGUGAACGGUUUACGCAACGGAUGAUAUAGAAAGGAUCCGCGCUUGCAUAUUUGAUCGAAAUUUCUUCGGCGCGACAGUAAGGAGGUAGUUUAUGAUUCCGGAAAUAUUUCCUGGUAUAAAAAGCACUUCCGAUUGAAAAUUUUCUUCAGACGUUACUCGGCAACAGACCCAGCGACCUCGUCAUCAUGAACUCGAUUAUCCGAUCUUUCAGAUACUUCAGGCGAUGCUGUUCGGAGUUGUGAUCGCCGCUGGAAGCGACAAAGAUGCACCGAUCGAGAAACAGAUCAUAGAAGUCGGUUCCGACGGUACCUUCGAGAAUAUCUGGUCCGGCAACGGAAUAUCCCUCCAAGAAGUGGGAUCCUCUAGAACCGGCGCUAACGGCGAACCCGUACAGGUCAUCCAGGGAGCUUAUUCUUACACCGCUCCCAACGGCGAGGUCAUCAAAACGACAUAUAUAUCCGACGAACACGGUACCGUGGUUAGAGGUGCUCACCUGCCGACCCCACCCACGCCACAGGAACUUCCCGAGUGGCUUGUAAAGUCGCUUGAAUGGGCGCGCGCUCAUCCCUACGACGAGGCUGCCUUGCUAAAGAAAACCUGGGAUUGAACGAAUCCCAUUCCCUGUAGAAAUUAGUUGCUAAUUGUUGACUUGUUCGAUAGAAUAAAUUUCAUUAUUUAUUGUGGCUGUUUCCUUAAUUAAA